GCUGUCAAGACUCGAGGUAGUCCAGUUGUUCAGUGGGUUGAGAAGGGCCUACUGUCGGGGAGAGAGGACAGGCAGUUUCUUACUUCGUGUGAAGGAGCGAAAUUUUCAUUACUCGAAAGUCAUCAUGCCUGAGAAACCACCUUCAGCUAUAAAGGACUUCAUUGCGGGAGGCUUUGGAGGGGCUUGCACGGUUGUGGUUGGGCACCCUCUGGACACGAUUAAGGUCCGCCUACAAACUCAGCCAACUCCUAAGCCUGGUGAACAGUUGCUGUACAAAGGAACAUGGGAUUGUGCAUUGAAAACUGUACGCAAUGAAGGCUUUUUUGGCCUCUACAAAGGAAUGGCUGCUCCAUUGAUUGGAGUUACACCCAUGUUUGCAGUAUGUUUCCUUGGAUUUGGAAUCGGAAAGAAACUUCAGCAAACUACUCCUGAUGAGAAACUUACUGCUGUUCAGUUAUUUAAUGCCGGCAUGUUAUCAGGAGUAUUUACUACAGCUAUCAUGACCCCAGGAGAAAGAAUAAAAUGCCUUUUGCAGGUUCAAGCAGCUGGCACUGGUCCCAAAUUAUACAAAGGACCUCUUGAUGUUGUGAAGGUCUUGUACAAGGAAGGUGGUAUUCGCAGUAUCUACAAGGGUACUUGUGCCACACUACUGAGAGAUGUACCAGCUUCAGGAAUGUACUUCAUGACUUACGAGUGGCUCAAGAAUGUUCUCUCUCCACCUGGAAAGGAAGGUGAACUUAGCCCUGUACGCACUCUUGUUGCUGGCGGCAUGGCAGGCAUGUUCAACUGGUUGGUGGCCAUUGGUCCUGAUGUCCUCAAGAGCAGGCUGCAAACUGAUCUAAAGGAAAUUUAG